CUUCCGCCCUCCACGCGCUGUCAAUCUGUAAAAAUCCCACCUGUCUUUAGCGCUGUACUGUACGACAAAAAUGUUUUAGUACCGUGUGUUCACAAUUCGUCUUGUUUACAGAGGCUCACUUCAUCAUGGCAUUAAGAAGUGCGAGUCGUCUGCUUGUGAACAGCCAGAGAUGUGUCCUCUUUACAGCUUCCAGAGCACAGAAAACUUCUGUGGCUUCUCCAUUGGAUGCAGAAAAGUCUGGUGAAAAGAAGCAAGUGAAAACACCUAAAGUACAGUUUAACUGGCGUGAUGCUUUGGAGCUGGAGGGUCUCCUGACGGAGGAGGAGAUCAUGAUUCGGGACUCCUUUCGCACCUACUGCCAGGAGAAACUCAUGCCACGCAUCCUGAUGGCCAACAGAAAUGAAGUUUUUCAACGUGAGAUUGUGUCUGAGAUGGGAGAACUUGGUGUUUUGGGACCCACUAUUAAAGGUUACGGCUGUGCUGGCACAAGUUACGUGGCGUACGGUCUCAUCGCACGUGAGGUGGAGCGAGUGGACAGCGGCUAUCGCUCGGUCAUGAGUGUGCAGUCCUCACUGGUCAUGCACCCCAUCAAUGCUUACGGCACUGAGGAACAGAAGGAGAAAUACCUGUCGAGACUGGCACGAGGAGAGAUUCUAGGUUGUUUCGGACUAACUGAACCAAACCACGGCAGUGACCCAGGCAGCAUGGAGACCAGGGCCAAGUACAACCCGUCCAGUCGCACCUUCACCCUCACCGGCUCCAAGACUUGGAUUACGAACUCACCAGUGGCUGACAUCUGCGUGGUUUGGGCCAAGUGCGAGGACGGGAAGGUACGUGGCUUCAUCUUGGAGCGUGGCAUGAAGGGUCUGUCCACUCCUAAGAUCGAAGGCAAGUUCUCCCUGCGGGCGUCAGCCACCGGCAUGAUCAUCAUGGACGAGGUGGAAGUGCCAGAGGAAAACCUGCUGCCCAAAGUUUCAGGACUGGCGGGUCCGUUCGGGUGUCUGAAUAAUGCUCGCUAUGGCAUUGCUUGGGGAGCUCUGGGUGCCGCAGAGUUUUGUUUCCAUGCAGCACGACAGUACACACUGGACAGAAUCCAGUUUGGAGUUCCUCUAGCCAGAAACCAGCUGAUCCAGAAGAAAAUGGCAGACAUGUUAACCGAGAUCACCAUUGGCCUGCAGUCGUGUAUUCAACUGGGCCGACUGAUAGAUGAGAGAAAAGCGGCUCCAGAGAUGAUAUCUAUGCUAAAGAGGAACUCCUGCGGUAAAGCCCUGGAUAUCGCUAGACAGGCCCGAGAUAUGCUGGGAGGAAACGGCAUCGCAGACGAGUAUCACAUCAUUCGUCACGUCAUGAACCUGGAAGCCGUCAACACUUAUGAAGGUACCCAUGAUAUCCAUGCCCUGAUCCUGGGCAGAGCCAUCACUGGACUUCAGUCCUUCACGGUGGACAGAUGAGCUGCUGUCACAUCAUGUACACUGACUGCUGCUGCCUUUGACCUAUAGCCCAUAUAGUUCCUGAAUGCUUUUAAACUUUGCAUUAUUUACCAUUACAACUUGACUUGAAAUUGACAAUACAAUAUUCUCUGAAUCUGGUAGCAGUAUUUUAAUGAAUGUGUGUCAUUUCGAAUGUCUGUACUUUAUGUUGCCUUUGUCAGAGAUCUAUUUUUGUAUGUUCUAACUAGAUCACAACACUUGGAAUGAAUGUUUGACUGCAGGUUCUUUAAGUAGAUUUGUAAAGAAAUGCACCAAGGAUCGCAGACAUGAAAACUGCAUGUUAUUGUUUGUACAUUGAUGUAUUAUAGAAAGAUUUCAAAGAAGUGUUGAACAAAAUUGUUUACUGCAGUUGAAUAAAAGAUUAAAUAUUAUAGUGUUUGCACAUUGGUUUUCAUUACCCAGAUUGUACCGAGGGUCUCUAGGGUCUGUUAUCUAAUCCUAAAUUUUAUAAUGGUGCUGUAUCUUGCUAUCUGUAUCUAUUUAGAGCAGCUCAUUUGUACUAAGAAAGCCAUACAGAGAAUUGGCAACAGAUUAAAUGAGUUUUCAAUAACUAAUGCUGUGGGGAAAAGCCUUAAUCCUACAAAGCUCAAACCUUAGUUAUUGAAACACAAAUAAUGCGGUU